AUGAAGAUGAGGGAAGUGUUAAAGAAGAAAGAGAAAGCGCCUGCUGGGUUAGCUCUGAUACAUAUCGAAUCAGCUGACCCACGUUUUCACAAGCGAAGUUUCGUCAUGAACCCGCAAGGAAAGUCUUCGAUCACGGUUCUGCACGAGUACUCACAACGGGCAUUGAAAGGGCAUUCUAUAAUAGUUGGUCGUGGUGAAGGUCCAAGUAAACGUAUUGCGAAGAUGGUAGCUGCAAAGCAGGCGCUCGCAGUACUGAUACCCGAGAUUCGCUUCAACGAUGACUUCAUGGCUACCAUUCAACCUCCAGAUGCAACUGAAAAGAAUUAUGAUGAUCAGGUAUGUCCGAGUAUUUUGUUAUAG